CGCGACAAAUCCGCGGUCACACUGGUCGCGACGACGCCGCUUAAAACUUUGAUGUAGCAUUGUUGUUAAUUAAUUAAUUAAUAAAUUAAUGGUAUAGUGUUUACAUUUAUGUGUUGUGCGUGUCCUAGACUAAUGCUCUUGAGCUUGCAACUGUUUUGUUGACAACGUAGUCUGAUCGAGGGACAAAAAUAAUAGUAAUGCGAAAGACCCGCUCGCAGACUCGCACGCAGGCGGAAAAUGCCGCAACAUCCCCAGCGACCGGACACCAAUCCUCGUCGACUGCACCAACAACAAUAAACGCCUUUGAUGCGGGCAAAUACAAGGAAUGUGAGCAAAUGGUGCAGAUGCUCCGAGUCGUAGAGCUGCAAAAAGUCUUGUCGUUCCUUAACAUUUCCUUCGCUGGACGAAAAUCCGAUCUGCAAAGCAGAAUUUUGUCAUUUCUGCGCACCAAUUUGGAGCUGUUGGCCCCAAAGAUUCAAGAAGUUUACGCUCAAUCCGUGCAAGAGCAAAACGCCACGCUGCAAUACAUAGAUCCAACGAGAAUGUACUCGCACAUGCAGAUGCCCCCUUCGGUGCAGCCGAAUUCUGUGGGUCUGGUGGGUGGCGGAUCAGGGCAGGUGCCGGGUGCACAGAUGGCCGCACAGAUGGCCUCACAGAUGCCAACCAAUGUAUUGCCCUUUCUGCAUACGCACGGCAACCAGCUACCCAUACACCCGGAUGUGAGACUGAAAAAGCUUGCCUUCUACGAUGUGCUCGGCACACUGAUCAAGCCAUCGACGCUGGUGCCCCGAAGCACACAGCGCGUCCAAGAGGUGCCUUUCUACUUCACAUUAACGCCCCAGCAGGCCACCGAAAUCGCCUCGAAUCGCGACAUUCGCAACAGUUCGAAGGUGGAGCAUGCCAUUCAAGUUCAGCUGCGCUUCUGCCUGGUGGAGACUUCAUGCGACCAAGAGGACUGCUUCCCCCCCAAUGUGAAUGUCAAAGUGAACAACAAAUUGUGUCAGCUGCCUAAUGUCAUUCCAACAAAUCGACCAAAUGUGGAGCCGAAACGUCCGCCACGACCCGUGAACGUUACCUCCAAUGUCAAGCUAUCGCCAACCGUUACCAACACCAUAAUGGUUCAGUGGUGUCCCGACUACACGCGCAGCUACUGCCUGGCGGUUUAUCUGGUGAAGAAACUCACAUCCGCACAGCUGCUGGUGCGGAUGAAGAGUAAGGGAGUGAAGCCGGCAGAUUACACUCGAGGCCUAAUUAAGGAAAAGUUAACAGAAGAUGCCGACUGUGAAAUAGCCACCACAAUGCUGAAGGUAUCGCUCAACUGCCCGCUGGGAAAGAUGAAGAUGCUGUUGCCGUGCCGAGCUUCGACGUGUUCGCACUUGCAGUGCUUCGACGCCAAUCUCUACCUGCAAAUGAACGAGCGCAAGCCCACCUGGAACUGCCCGGUGUGCGAUAAGCCGGCCAUAUAUGAUAACUUGGUUAUCGAUGGUUAUUUCCAGGAGGUGCUGGACUCAACGCUGCUAAAGAGCGACGACACCGAAAUACAACUGCAUCAAGAUGGCUCCUGGAGUACCCCGGGCCUACGUAGCGAAGCUCAAAUCUUGGAUACACCCUCCAAACCCGUUCAAAAGGUUGAGGUGAUAUCUGAUGAUAUAGAGCUGAUCGCGGACGAUACCAAGCCAGUGAAGAGUGAUUUGUCCCCGGCGCCGGAUGACCAGCCAACGUCAACGUCGAACAGUGAAACUGUUGAUCUGACGUUAAGCGAUUCCGACGACGACAUGCCUCUGGCCAAGCGUCGUCCACCUGCAAAGCAAGCCGCCGCUAGUUCCACUGCCAAUGGUAAUGGUGGUGGCGGCCAACGUGCCUAUACCCCGGCACAGCAGGCCCAACAAUCUGAAUCCCCAGACCAGCAGCAAAUAAUGGCACAUCAGUCGUCUGAGUCGCAGCAAAUGUUAGAUCUAGAACAGCAACUGCAGCUGCAACUGCACCAUCAACAGCAGCAACAUCAGCAGCACGAGCAGCCAGCAUCAGCAGUGCAUGCCACUCUACUGGAAUCCCUGGCUGCUGCGGUGGCGGAUCAAAAGCACUUUCAACUGUUGGAUCUGGCUGCAGUUGCGGCUGCUGCUGCUGCCACAGCGUCAGCGUCGUCCGGGCAAAGCCAAAAUGGUGGUCCAUAGAAACACAGCAUACAUACACACACACACGUACUCAUUCAUUUUGACACGCCCUCACACACACACAUACGAAUUUUGAUUUUCGACUAUUAUUUGCAGUUAUUACAGUUGGUUCGAUUUGCUCUUUUCUUUUUCCUUUGACUUCCUCCACUCUCACUAUUCUUUAUCUCAUUUGGCGACAACUUAAAGUAUUUUUUGUUUACCUCAGAGGCUAUUUUUCGACAAAUCGUUGACACCGAAUUCAUGGCAUAUCGAUUGAGAUUUAAUUUUUGCGUGUGUUGCGUGAGUUGUAUAAAACAAUCCUGUUCAUGUACCGUUUUUCGUUGUUUCUGCGUCAGGUGUGGUUGUGGUUGUCUCGUCUGCACUUUUUAAUCAUCCCAUCCCCCGGGGUUCUCAACUGCAUCCCUCUAGAAAUUAUAGUAAAAUAGGCAUCGUAAUUUAUUUAUUUUUCCCUUUUUAAUCGACCGACCGAUCGCUAAAUGUAAUAGCCCUACGCACCACUACCAUUAAUAAAUACAUAAAUCAAAUGUUAAUAUUUAAGUCCUACCAAUGCAAUGUGGACGAAUGUAUGUAUUCCUAUGCACUAACAGAAAUUUAAGUUAGUUAAGUUUAUUAUUUUAGCUAUAAUAUGAACAGUGUCGAGUCGACGAAUGCGCCCCCUAAGUGCGUUGGGUUUGGUUCGGUUCUUUUAAUAUGUUUGCAAAUUAGUGCAGCAGCAGAGCGAAGUUGAAUUAAAUUAUUUUAUAUAUUUACGUACAUUAGCAGCAGCAGCAUCUGAUUAUAUUCUGUUUGUCGCAGAGGACCAUCCCAUCCAUAUCUACUAAACAAAACAGUUCGGUCUAAGUAGGAAUUCAAAUUAACAAUAACAAUAAAUAAGUGUAUCACAAAUCACUGGCCUAACCCUAUUAA